GGCUAAUUUAGCUAUGUAUGUUUUGAAAGAAAUAUAAGCGAUAUUCAUGUAUUUUACUUUUUCUAAUAACAGUAUCCCUAUAUAUAGAUGUGCAUUUACACUAGCUCAGUAAACUGGUAGUGAUCCACCUCUUUCUGUGUUCUCAAUCUCACACUCGCACAUCUCUGCAUCUAAACAAGUAGAAGGCAAAAAUGACGAGUUUCCGCUUCACGGUGACCCUUAUGGUGAUCGCUCUCUUCUUCUCUACAGCAGCUGGAAAUCCUCAUGACAAAUGUGUGUACACAAUUUAUGUAAAGACGGGGUCGAUCAUCAAGGCGGGCACAGACUCAAAGAUAAGCAUGACACUCGGUGAUUUCUCCGGCCGGUCUGUAUGGGUGCCGGAUCUUAGGUCAUGGGGGCUAAUGGGGCCACACUACGACUACUUUGAGCGUGGCAACGUGGACGUGUUUAGCGUACGUGGUCCAUGCAUGGAUGCACCAGUGUGCCGGCUCACCCUCACCUCCAACGGGUUUGGUGCACACGCCGGGUGGUACUGCGAUCAUGUGGAGGUUACUGCCACGGGGCCUAACACUGCAUGUUCGAAAUCCAUGUUCUAUGUUCAACAAUGGUUGUCCAACGAUGUUGCUCCAUAUCAGAUGACUGCGACUCGCGAUGCGUGUAAUCCGUGGAACGUCAAUGCCGCAGCGGAGCAGCUGGGGAAAGAUGGGAAGUUUGUUGUGGAGUAUCCCAAAAGAUAUGCUUGAUUGUUAUUUGUUGGGAUGAAUAAUGACUAGUUGAAUAGAAAUAUUUUGGUGCUUUGGUUCGUUGGGAUUUUUUAAUUUUUUUAAUUUUAUAAUUUGGAUCCGAAAAUGUUUUGGUGUUCUUUUCUAAUUGAGGAAAUGGUCCUAUCUGUAGUUUGGAGUU